CACUUAGUUACCUGGAAUGUGGGCACAGCUUCUCCACCUCCUGAUGUCACUAGUUUACUGCAGCUCGAUUCACUGGGCCCAACUAUGGAUAUGUAUGUUAUAGGCUUACAGGAGGUGAACUCAAGAAUCACGAAUUUUCUGUCUGACAUGGCAUUUGAUGAUCCAUGGAGCAUUUUCUUCAUGACUGUAUUGUCUCCACUGGGAUAUAUCAAGCUCUCCUCCGUCCGCAUGCAGGGAUUACUACUUCUGAUCUUUGUGAAGCAUGUCUACCUUCCCUUCAUACGGGACAUUCACACCCACUACACACGCACAGGCCUGUAUGGCUACUGGGGAAACAAAGGAGGAGUCACCAUUCGCAUGUCCCUCUAUGGUCAUACAGUUUGUUUCAUGAACUGCCACUUGCCAGCUCACAUGGAGAAUACAGAGCAGCGAUUGGAUGACUUUGAGAAAAUUCUGGAAAUGCAGUUUGAAGGAGAGAACAUUCCGAGUAGCUUGGAUCAUGACAUUCUCUUCUGGUUUGGAGAUCUAAACUUCCGGAUAGCAGAUCACGGCAUACAUUUUGUUCGAGAAUCAAUAAAUAACAAGCGUUACAAUCUGCUGUGGGAAAAGGACCAGUUAAAUAUGGCAAAAAAGAAGGAAGCAUUUCUUCAGGAUUUCAUAGAGGGUCCUCUACAGUUUAAACCGACCUACAAAUUUGACCUUUAUUCGGAUGUGUAUGAUACAAGUGAGAAGAAAAGAAAGCCAGCGUGGACUGAUAGAAUUCUUUGGAGAGUGAAAAAUCUCUGCCAGCAUGCAUCAAAAGAAGGCCAAUUCUCUGAAGAGGAGCAGACAAUUUCUGUUACUUUGAAUAACUAUAUCAGUCAUAUGAGCUAUGGCAUCAGCGAUCAUAAACCUGUUACAGCAACUUUUGGGCUUGAGUUGAAGCCUCUGCUAUUAGAUCCUUUGGUCAGGCUGAAUCCUGAGGGUGAGUGGAGUGCGGAACACGAUGUUCUCAUCAGCUAUUCUGCAGUGCCUGAAUUCCCAAGCAGUGCUUGGGACUGGAUUGGACUCUUCAAGGUGGCUUUCAGGCAUGUGAAUGACUAUGUUACUUAUGCUUGGGUAGAAGAUGAUGAAAUUUCUUCUAGCAAAGACAGUAAACAAGUUUACAUGAGUGCUGCAGAAAUACCUGAUAUGGGAGGAGAAUUUUUGCUUUGUUUUUAUAGCAAUAAUUUGCAGUCAAUAGUUGGUAUCAGCCAGCCUUUUCAGAUUCAGCCUAGCAGAACAUCAAUAGAAAAGGAUCUGACACAGGAGGAGAACAGUUGGAUGCAGAAACCUGACAAUCUGGAAUCACAUGAUGAGUUCUGA